AUUGAGUGGGAACUAAAGAGAGAGGCGGGAGUCAGUUAGUGCGAGAGAACGAGAGAGGGGGAGUCAGUUAGUGCGAGAGAAAGAGAGAGGGGGGAGUCAGUUAGUGCGAGAGAACGAGAGAGGGGGAGUCAGUUAGUGCGAGAGAACGAGAGAGGGGGAGUCAGUUAGUGCGAGAGAAAGAGAGAAGGGGGAGUCAGUUAGUGCGAGAGAAAGACUUUGUUAGGAGAGAGAGAUCAUUCGGAAUUGGCAAGAGGUAAAAACUCUUUAAGUUUGUAUCCAAUAUAAUAUACAACCAAACUUCAAUUUUACGCUCACUUAUCCUGGAUGUGGGCUACAUAUCACCCUGGGAUUUAGCUACAAGAGUAACGUUCCUGCCGUCUCAUUUUUCUCGUCUUUAUUUUGUGUCAUGUGGCAGAACUGUGGAAGCUACAGAGGACAAUAGCGAUUCCACAGAGGAUUUGAAACAUUUGUUCUAUAUCGUAAUACAGAAGUGCGAAGAUGUCUGGGCAAAGCAUUACGGACAGGAUAACCGCAGCUCAACACAGUGUUACCGGAUCUGCGGUGGCAAAAACUGUGUGCAAGGCGACUACGCAUGAAAUUAUGGGGCCGAAAAAGAAACAUUUAGAUUACUUGAUCCACUGCACCAAUGAGAUGAACGUGAACAUCCCCCAGCUGGCAGACACGUUGUUUGAGAGGACGGCCAGCACCAGCUGGGUGGUGGUCUUCAAGUCUCUCACCGCCACCCACCACACCAUGGUCUACGGCAACGAGAGAUUUAUACAGUACAUGGCUUCAAGGAAUACGCUUUUCAACCUCAGUAACUUUUUGGACAAAAGUGGCCUGCAAGGCUAUGACAUGUCAACGUUCAUAAGGAGAUAUAGUCGCUACCUGAAUGAGAAGGCUGUGUCGUAUCGACAAGUCGCUUUUGACUUUACAAAAGUUAAACGAGGGGCGGAUGGCGUUAUGAGAACCAUGAACACAGAAAAGUUACUAAAGACCAUACCGAUUAUCCAAAACCAGAUGGAUGCGCUACUUGACUUCAACGUCAACGCCAACGAGCUCACCAAUGGAGUGAUCAACGCGUCCUUCAUGCUUCUGUUUAAAGAUUCCAUUCGACUGUUUGCGGCCUACAAUGAAGGCAUUAUCAAUCUGUUGGAGAAGUACUUUGACAUGAAGAAAACUCAAUGCAAGGAGGGCCUUGACAUCUACAAGAAAUUCCUUACUCGAAUGACAAGAAUCUCUGAAUUCCUCAAAGUAGCAGAGCAAGUAGGGAUUGAUCGAGGGGACAUUCCAGACCUCUCCCAGGCCCCCAGUAGCCUCUUAGAUGCCUUGGAGCAGCAUUUGGCUUCUUUAGAAGGGAAGAAGGUGAAAGAUUCCACAGCAGCCAGCAGGGCUAGCACACUCUCCAACGCUGUCUCCUCUUUGGCCAACACGGGCAUAUCUUUCACCAAAGUGGACGAGAGGGAGAAACAGGCAGCUCUGGAGGAAGAGCAGGCUCGCCUAAAAGCGCUAAAGGAGCAGCGUCUGAAGGAACUCCAGAAGGGGCCUUCUUUCUCUGCCACCACGGCUGCCUCCCCUGUGUCAAUGGACGGUGGGACCAUCAACACAGCACCGGCCAUCGACCUCUUCUCCACGCCCAGCUUCGCAAACAGCACUUCCAAGGCGGCGAGCGACCUGCUGGACUUGCAGCCUGCGUUUCAGCAGCAGGCACUGCCCAUCUCCACUGGCCUGCCGACAGCCAACACAUGGGGAGAUCCUUUCACUUCUACAGAAGCUGUCGAUGACUCCAUUCCAAACUUUAACCCUUUCCUAUCACAUCCUGUUGUUGAUGCUGUCCAUCUACCUGUCGACUCUUCCGAAGGUGUUAGUUCUAGGACACCCAGUCAUGAAAUGUUUGGUGAUCAUUACAAUCCCUUUAUUGAUUCGAGCACCUCCAUUGCAUCUGAUCAUGAGCACACAGUGCGGAUAGAGCAGUUUAUCUCAGACUCCUUCUGUGGGCCAGCAUCUUACCCUACCACCCCUCUCUUUCAAUCUGAGCCCCCUGCUGUAGCUGGUCUAUUUGGAGGGUUCUCAGCUUCUCCCACCCCGCAGCCUCAGACCGCCAGAGGCCUUAAUGUCGACUUUGACUCUGUGUUUGGCAACAACGUUGACUCGGCUGGUGGCAUCCUCAAACCCACAGUGGCCUCCUUGCCCGGCCAGGGGCAAAUCCCCAGCGGGCAGCAGCCUGGGAAGCUGGUGUCCGACGACCUGGACUCGUCCUUGGCCAACCUUGUCGGCAAUUUGGGAAUUGGCAAUGGCGUGGCAAAAAAUGAUAUUCAUUGGAGUCAGCCUGGUGAGAAGAAGUUGACGGGUGGAAACAAUUGGCAACCAAAGACUGCUCCCUCUACCACAUGGAACCCUGCCACCAUGAACGGAAUGCAUUUCCCACAAUACGCACCAUCUGUCAUGGCCUUCCCUGCAACAACGCCGACGGGAAUGAUGGCAUAUGGAAUGCCUCCCCAGAUGGGUUCCAUGGGCAUGAUGACCCAGCCCACUAUAAUGUACAGCCAACCAGUCAUGAGGCCAGCCAACCCCUUUGGCACGGCCCCAGGAGCACAGCCCUCGGCAGCUUCUAGUCCUUCCAGUCAGAGUCCUCUCAGAGCACCAGGAAAGGACCCCUUUGCACAACUCUCUCUCAAGGAUUUCUUGUAGAACCUCUUUAGCAGAUGCAGUUCAUGUAACUUAAAAAGGAGGCUUUUGCCCUCCGAAGACAAACCAUGAAGCAGCGAGACUAACUUUCAAGCAAAAAUCCAGUUAACUGUUAUACUCCUCGUCGAGAAUAUCAGCACAAAUAAGGACUCAAGGGGGGAAACCAUGUCCAAGAGGCGUCAAGUAUAGGACACGGAUCCCAUUUUGUAAUUUGUCUUCCGAGAAACAGUGUGCGCUGCCAUUCUAACCCCUCUACAGGGAUCACUCACCCCAUUGGUCUUCUGUAAAAGAUACAAAUGGUUGCGGAAAGGGAGACAUUUUGACUUUGCUGUUAUGUAUGGAAAAUAGUGGUUUAUCACAGAAUUGCUUGAUCCGAUCAUCAAUCGUACAUUAUCUAAUUGAACCAUAACUGAUUAGUAAAGCUAACCUCUGUUUAUACCACGAUUUUCAAAAGAAAUUGUAUUACGUUUGCAGUAGACAUUCCUUGUGCAUUGUUUGUAUUUAUUUAUACUCACGGAGGAUAUGACAUUGAACUCUUCAGGUGUAUACAUGGGUAUGAUUGGAUUUGUAUAAUUGGAGUUUGAGUGUGACUGAGUAAAAAAAAAAAAAGUGAAUAUAAAGAUGGAAAAUGUAACUGACUGAACCAGCAUAAUGUCAAGCACAGUUCUUAGUAGCUCAGUCACAACCCUGGGGUGAUAUUGGCAUAAAACAAGUUUAAUGAUUCAAUAGUCAAUUCUGUGAGCUUGGGUCUUUUUUUUUCUCUUAAGGGAACAUUUUCACUCACUAGCAAAGCACUACAUUUGUGAUUUGCCGGCAUUGCGUUGAACGAUCCACAUUUUAUGCUUUACACUUGGCAUGUAAUUUAUUUUACAUGGAACAAUUCUAUGGCUGCCUUUCCAAAAUGAAUGUGCAGAGUGUCCUUCAUGCUUAGGCCAUCUUUACAUAGACCAGCAUUGGGGUUGGGGGAAAGGAGGUGGUCACAGGAGGCAGGGGAAAGAGCUGUGGAUGUCACUGGUCAGCUCUAAGUGUCAGAUCUGAAUUAAAUACUAUUUGAAAUCUUUUAAAUACUUUGUUUGCUCUAGCUUGUCUAGAGUGCCAGAAGGGCUGGGUUAGCAGUUUUGGGACUAUUCUAUUGGUCUAUUAAGCCAUACAAGAUCACUCAAGCACAGAUAAAGUAUGUUAAAUUAAUGUCGGGUAAGUGGGCAGUAGGAUCCAGUUGCGCGGGGGGGGGAAAUGGAGCACUGUUGAUCGGUGCUUUGUGUAUAUAAAAUGGAUCCUUUCCAUCAUGGUGGGUGGGACAUGUGCAGGAUGGUCAGAACAUGAAGGUUAUUCUAUUCAUCAAAUUAGCAUUUUAACUGCAUUGUACCUGCAGAUUUAUAUUUUUGUUUAUAUUAAAUAUAUAAAUAAAUGUAUGCAUAAUUUGGUAGAUUUUUUUUCUUUUCAAUAAAGUGUUUUGCAACAGUA